GCUAGAAUCGAAUUUCAUAAUUUUAGACACUUAAUUUUAGUUAUUUGGUAGUCCCCAACACAUGACCUACGGAGUACAAAUGAAAGGCCCGACAUCAAGUCUAAGUUCAAUAAUAUGUUAUACCAACUCUUCCCCGACCCAGUCAAGGAGUUUGUUUUGAGGCUAUCCUUUGUGUGUUGGGAAAAUUCGAUAAUGCUGAGAAGUAUUUUUCUUGAAUUUCUAACCUCUUCUCCUUCUAUUUUUUAUUUUUGUUCUAGUCUUUUCUAAAUUAAAUUUGCAUGAUCUGCUGAAUUAUUCUUCUCUCCUAGCCUCCUUCCCCAAAACCAAAAAAAAAAAAAAAAAAAACAACUAGUUGAUGGUCAUUAUUUUCUUAAUUCAUUCUAGGAUGGAGGAACGAGCUGCUGGGUGGUAUCGUCUUACCAGAGAAAUCCUUAAGCUCCCAGAAGCACCUUCUGUAUCAUCAAUGGAACCUAAUGCUGAAUCAAUAGAUUCCAAUCUGUCAAAGCCCACUAAAGAUAAAUCUUUAAAGACAAGGCGUCCACAACCCUAAGAGAACUUGUAAUUAGAAGGUUGGAAAGUUCUUCCCUCAGGUUCUCGAAGCGAGAGUUGUGUAGGAGAUGGGAAAAAGUCGGGCUGCUGCUUUUUCCUUGGGUGUUCAGGAUAUUGAUGGAGGAGUGCAUGUUAAUUCAUAUUCUGAAAAUUGUGAUUCAAUUUAUGCAGAUUAUGAGAACACAGUUGCCGAAGGUAGGCUUUUCUAUUUUCCUUCUUGCCGGUUACAUGCUCACUGCAAAGUCUCUUCUGUAUCUAAUGGACUUGGCAGCAAGGAAAAAAUUGUGGGUUUAUUGGCUUCUUUAAUGGAAGUAGUGCAAAGUACUGUUGCAUGGGAAUGUUUUUAUGUUCGGGAAAUGGUAGUCGAUGCAUUGAUCUGGAUCCAAAGUCCACAGAGAUCAUUUGAUGAACUAGAAUACAUUAUUGCGUCAGAACUCUCUGAUCCAGCUUGGCCAGCAACGCUAUUCAUGUUGCAUGCUCGUUUUAAGGCCACUCCAAAUAUGGCUGUCACUCCGCUUGAAAUUGCGAGAGAAUUUGCUACUAAAGUGCCUGGGAAGAUUGAUGUUGAUGUGCUUCAACUACUGGGGAAAACUUGUCUUGUUGGAGCAGGUCAUGGAUCAAUAGAUAGGGUAUCUGCCUCUGAUCCGAAAUCGGCUCUGGCAUUACAGAGAUUAGUCCAGGCAGCUGUAAUGUUUCUUGGAGAAAAUGUGAAUUAUGCUGCUUCUGAAUAUGCUUGGGAAUCUACAACCCCUCCUGGAACUGCAUUAAUGAUGCUAGAAGCUGAUAAAUUGGUUGCUGCUGCCAUUUCUCGUAAUCCUACUCUGGCCGGUGCACUGACUCAGCCCCAAGGGUGUGCUUUCAGUGGUACCUGGGAGGUAUAAGUUUUCACCUUGGCAUUCCCCAGAGAGAUUGUCUCUCAUAAUGUCAAACAUAUAAAAAAAUUUAUAAGUCAAGUAGUCAACUCGUUCUUUGCAUACUCCAUGCUUAUGAUAAAUGAUCUUUAUGUGUCGGUUUAAAUUGUUCAACUUUUAAAUUAUGAGAGUAAAGGUCAUAAUAUAUAUUGCACCACGUAUUGACAGUUCCAAAAUUCCUUGUUGAAGGAAGAACAAAGCACCCAAACAUCUCUCUCUCCUCCUCCGCACAUUUGCAAAAGAGAGGUGGUUUAUUUUUAUAUUUUUUGUUUUUUAUUUUAACUUUGCAACAACUUUGGAAUGAAUAUUGAUGAUUAAGAGCUUGAGGAUGAGGAGACAGAUUAUUGUGAACUAGUGCUGCAUGUGGAAGAGGGAUGAGAAGUUGGUGAACCAUCUACUUCUUCAUUGUCUAGUGGCUCGGGAUAGCUUGGCCAUGCUCUUGGGUUUGUUCGGGGUAUACUGGGUAAGGCUUUUUACGAUGAUGAGCUUGCUUGAGACUUGGAGAGAUUGUAUAGUGGGGGUUAAUGGAGGGCCGACACCUUUGUGCUUAUGGUGGUGGAUUUUGUGGAGGGAGAGUAGACUCCUAUUGGGGUGCUUAAGUUCUCUACUAUUAAUUCUUUCUUCUUCUUUUUUCUUCGUGUUUUUUUUUUUUUUGGAUGCUUUACUUAUCAAGAUAUGUAAAAGAGAGUUGAUGGUUGUAUAUUUGGUUACUGAUAUGAAAUAAUAAGUUAGAAUUCUUAUC